AGCCGGGACCUUCCGCUUCCGCCUGAGCCGCCAUGGACACCAGCCGCGUGCAGCCCAUCAAGCUGGCCCGCGUCACCAAAGUGCUCGGCCGCACCGGCUCCCAGGGGCAGUGCACGCAGGUGCGCGUGGAGUUCAUGGACGACACCAGCCGCUCCAUCAUCCGCAACGUCAAGGGCCCCGUCCGCGAGGGGGACGUCCUGACGCUCCUCGAGUCCGAAAGGGAGGCCCGGAGGCUGCGCUGAGGCCCGCGGGGGGGAGGAGGAGGGUGGAUGGGCUGAUGUCUUGCUGCUUCUUUCCCCCUGCCAGGCCAACCAGCGACAAGCUGCCAAAUGUGUGGAAAUAAAAGAGAAUCUGGG